AUGCGUACGAGUGUGCUGGGAGGAACGGUGCUGCUGCUUGCCGCGGCAGCGGUUGCCCCGGUGGCGGCGCGCAAUGCGGCGCCUGCCAAGGGCAAGGAGCCCAAAGCCCCUCAGACGACCGAGAACUACAUGCAGGAGCACAUGGCGAGCGAGCACCACAUCGGCGCCUUUGACCUCGCCAGCUUUUUUGCGCUUCACGACUUUGACCGUAACGGUGUCCUUGAUCGUGCCGAGAUCGAAGCCAUUUACGGCGUGCACCACUCGCUGUCGCGGAAACACUCGCCGAACGCCGAGGUGCACGACGAGAAGGCGGACAAGAUUGUGCGCGAAGUGCUGCGCCGCCUCGACAAGAACCACGACUCGAUGAUUACGCGUGCCGAGUUCCUCGCGGGCGGUCCCAACGGACUUCCGCUCUUCCCCGAGUACGGCAAGCAUACGCUUGGCCACCACUACGACGAGGAAUCCGAGUUCUUUGUGCACCAUGAAUCCAUCUACCACAAGAAUGAGGAGGACCAGAAGGCCGAGGCCUACACACACGAAGAGGACUACGACCACUUUGCGAAGCACCGUGACAUUGAGAACGAGGAGGAGGAUCGUGAGCGUAUCGCCGAGGGUAUGCCGACUAUCCAGGAGGAGGAGCGCCUGAAGGAGGCCGCGGCCAAUAAGGGCAAGGAAUUCGAGAGCAAGUAUGAGAAGCAGUUCACCCCGGAGGAGAUGGAGCGUGCCAAGAAGGAGCACGCCAAGGAUGUGCUCGGCGCCGCCGGCCGUGAGCUCGUCUCGAAGCAGCACGUCUUCAAGACGCCCAACGGCCCCCGGAAGGUCGAGGCCACCAAGGAGAAUGUGAUUUUCUCCGAGGGCAACUUUGGCGAUGAGAAUGCUCCUCCGGUCUUUGCCAAUGGCGAGGACGGUGCGGCGCGGGCGCCGGUCGACCACAUUGAUGGCGAGACGGAGCUUGCGCGCAAGAUUCGCCUGGACCGCGCGCGCCGCGAGGCGAGCGGCCGCCCCCGUUUCGGCUCGGGCAGCAACGGCUUCGCCAAGCCGCGUGAGGAUGCCGACCGCCUCAAGCAGGGUGUGCCGUACAAGUACCGUGUCAAGAAGCCGGGAUUUUUGCGCGAACUUUAG